AUGAGCGACAACAACAUUAUCGACGAUGAUGUUCUUAACAUCGAUGACAUCACAGAAGACGAUGCGGAUCUCUCUGCAAUUGAAGGAGACUUGAACGAGAUUGAGGAGGAGCAGAAGAAACUUAAGGCAAUUCAGAAUGAGAUGGUCGGGCACAUGAACCUGAACACCAGCAGCCAGAGUAACUCGACACAAUCAUUGUUGACACCAGAGGAGAAAGCCGAGGCAGACGCCAAAUCAGUCUACGUGGGAAACGUUGACUACGGAGCUACGGCAGAGGAAAUAGAGCAACAUUUCCACGGAUGCGGAUCAGUUGCUCGUGUCACUAUUUUGUGCGACAAAUUCAGUGGACAUCCGAAAGGAUUCGCCUAUGUCGAGUUCACCGAGAAAGAUGGAAUGCAGAACGCGCUCGCCAUGACAGACAGUCUUCUUCGCGGCAGACAAAUCAAAGUUGAUCCAAAACGAACGAAUCGGCCAGGUCUCUCAUCGACGAACAGACCUCCAUUCCGUGGACGUGGUGGUCGCGGACGCGGAGGCGUCAUUGUAAAAUAUGUCUACGCCGGUGGAUUCCGGCCAAGAGGACGUGGAGCCAGAAGACGUCCAGGAUUCGCGCCGUAUUAA